CUUGAGUGCACGAUGUUUCGAUUCUGGGCAAUAGCAGCCCUACUUUUAAUAUGCAUUUCUGAUGCUGAUCUAUGCCUUUAUCGAUGUACUCAAAAAGGAUCUUGCAAAAAGAUAGUGCUUACUAUCGAAGGCGGAGAACCAUGCUGGUUCAGUGAAGACUGUUGUGCGGAUGGGUUUGCGUGGCCACAAGACCCGCAACACGAGAAGAACCAACAACGCACCGCAGAGUACCCGAACCCAGCGCAAUAUUACCCAACAGCAUUCCCACAAAUCCAACAACCCGCCCCAAAGUAUCAGGACCCAGAAGCACCAAGGCAUCCGAACCGAUUCGAACCCAUCUUUCCACCUGUCUCCAAGUACCCACAAAUGCAACAAACCCCCCCAAAUUAUCCGAACCAAGAACCACCUAAGUAUGCGAACUCAAUCGAACCUAUCUUUCCACCCGGCUCCAAGUACUCUAACCCAGUCCAUCAAUUCCAACAACACGUCCCAAAGAAUCCGAACCAAGAACCACAUAACUAUGCGAACCCAAUCGAACCCAUCUUUCCACCCGUCUCCAAGUACCCCAACCAAGAACCACCGAACCGAUUCGAACCCUUCUUUAAUCCCGUCCACAAGUACACACAAAACCAACAACUCGCUCCAAAAUAUCCGAACGCAGAAUCACCAAAGUAUCCGAAUCCAAUCGAACCGAUCUUUUCACCGGUCUUUAAGUGCCCCUACCAAGUCCUACAACCCGUCCAAAAGUAUCCCAGCCCAGAACCAUCAAAGUACCUUAAUUGGUGAUUGGUGACUAAUCUAAUUCUGCUCAUAAUAUAAUACUAUAAGCAAUUGAUUUUAAAUUAAGUUUAAUAAUUUCUGAAAAUAGAUGUACAUCAAUUUCUAAAUUUCAAACAUUACGAAAUAAAGACUAGACAAUUACCUGCAAA